AUGCAGUUCGCGGACCUGCCGCUACCGGCGCCGGUGCAGGCGAGUCUUCGGGCCUGCGGCUUCCAUGUCCCGUCGCCGAUCCAGGCCAAGGCGCUACCAAUCGCUCUCUUCGGGAACGACCUCAUCGCGCAGGCCAAGUCGGGCAUGGGCAAGACGCUCGUCUUCGCGACCGUGGCCAUCGACCUCGUCCAUCGGUCGAGUACAAGCUGGGCUGUCAUGCUGGCGCCGACGCGUGAGAUUGCGCUGCAGAUCCAGCAUGUGCUGCAGUCGCUGCUCGCGCCGAUUCCGAGCUUGGACGCCGCCAUGGUCGUCGCAUGCAUUGGCGGGCUGCCCAUCGACACGGACGAAGCGAACCUCCGGCGCAAGACGACGCGGCUUGUUGUGGGCACGCCCGGUCGUCUCAAGUCGCUCGUCCAGCGCAAGAGCCUCCUUGCCGACCAAGUCCAUCUCCUCGUGCUCGAUGAAGUCGACAAGCUGCUGCAACCCGACUUUGAAGCCGACAUGCGCUUUAUCCUCUCGGCGCUGCCCAGAUCCAAGCAAACGAUCGCUUGCUCGGCCACGUUCACGCCGGACCAGCUGGCCGACCUCGCACUGCAAAUGCAUCAUCCACAGUUUGUCUGCGUGCGUGGGCCCAAUGUCGUCACAACCGAGUACGUCCAGGCCGACGACACCGCCGCGUGGCGCGACCGGGAAGCCAACGCCGCGCCCGAGGUCUGGCUGCGCGGCGUGCAGCAGCGCUACGUGCUUUUAGAUGGAUCGAGAAAGGGAGAGUUGCAUGUCGUCAAGCAGGAACAGCUCACGAGCCUCCUCACGCGCCAGCCGUUCCACCAGUGCAUCGUCUUCUCCAACGACAAGUUUCGUGCCGAGACGGUCGCCGCAGCGCUGUCGACCAGCGGGUUUCCCGCCGAGUGCAUCACGAGCGCGCAUAGCCAAGAGCAGCGCACGGCCGCGAUGGACCGCUUCCGGGCGUUUGCAGCGCGCAUCCUCGUAUCGACCGAUCUCACGGCGCGAGGCAUUGACGUGGACCGCGUCAACCUCGUGAUCAAUCUGGAGCUUCCACGGGACCCGGCGACGUAUUUGCACCGCGUUGGGCGCGCGGGGCGCUUUGGGGGACACAUAUCCUUUCCACGAACCUUCUUCUUCUUACGGACCUUAACGACAGCGUACGGCGUCGCAGUGACGCUUCUCGUGUCGAAGGAGCUUCCCGCAGUCGAAGCCCUCGCAAAGCUCUUCAAGAUGAAGAUUACCGAGCUCGACCCUCACAGCGCCGUGACGCACGACGUGCAAGACGACGACCACGAGCAGGGCUUGUACGCCCACACGGACCUUCCAGAAGAGCUGUACCAGCGCAACCCGACCCCGCUGCCUCCCGUGCUACCGUUGCCGCCAAAGGACGUUGUCGCCGUUGAGUCGAUUGAGGUCGUCACCAAGCCAGCCGAUCGACCACGAACACGACAGGUCCAGGCGCGGGAGCACCAAGCACCGAAAACGAGCCAAGACGACGAAGCAGUCGCCGUCCAUGUACCCUGCCUUGGCGACGGACGCGCCAAUAGCAAUAUUGGUACCAAGGAAGACCUUGCCGCCAACGCUUCAGAAGAGGCAGCCGAGAAGCAGCUGCCAUGGACGCCGUCGCCGGCCUACGUAGACGAGGAAGCGCAGUACGAAGCCUGGUGUCGCGCGUUCCGAUAGCUUGGGUAUCCACCUCGUACGAUGGAGACGGAGACAGAGAUAUGUCGUUUUUGACCACCAUAAGUACGAAGAGAGGGAAAAGACACGCUAGGUGUCAAAGUCCAC